CUCAUCUCUCCCUAUCUUCUCACUCAAGACAAUAAAGAGUCGAAAGAAACCCUACGCUCCAAAUCUUCAGGACGACAUCGACAAGCUCGAGAAGAUCCGCCUCUCCUCCAAUUUGUCGAACAUGAAGUCAAACUCGCUCUGGAGAGAAUCAAGCGUAAGCCACACGCCGUUGCUGAGCGAGAUCGAUUCCGUUCAACUUUUGCCGUCUAUCAGCUCCUCACUUUCUGAACUUCAUAAAUACAAGAGUGAGAGUAGAGGAAUUGAUAAUCGCAAAAGUGAUGUUUUUUGUUAUGACUAUGCUACACAUAAAACAAAAAUUGGGGAAUUAAUUGUAUCUCAUGCGAGAGUCCACAUCCUCCCGUUGGAAAAGGGUCAUAAGAAUGGGCAAUUAUGUUCCCUGACAUACCACAACAAAUACCUGUUGUGUGGAAAGUAUUUCGAUGCUGAACGGAAUCUUAUUAUACAUGAAGAGUUCGACUGCACUCUCACCUCUUAUAUUUAG